GGAAUAUAGGACCAGAUUAUUCCAAUCAUUGGGCGUUCAACGUGCCUUACAGAGAACUGUUUAGGAAAAAUUAACAUAAAUGACGAAUAUCAGUUUCUUUUUCCAAAAGAUAUGACUACUACUCAGUAUACGAUUGAUUCAAGCGACUUGCAAUGUGCGAUAUGUUUAGAACCGUGGGUUAAUAAGGACCCUAGAAUGCUUCCCUGUCAGCAUACUUUUUGCCUUUCGUGUCUUAUUAUUCAGGAGAAGGAUAACAAAAUUGUUUGCGCUAUCUGCCGUACACCCCUUCUUUUGCCUGAAGGAGGAGCGCCCCAUCUGGCUAAGAAUAUCUUUUUCAAUCGUAUAAAAGAGAUAAGAAACGAAUUAGAUAUUUGUAAAAAACAUGAUAAAGAGCUGUUAAAUCCUACUUUCUUUUGUAGAACAUGCUGUACUAGAGUAUACUGUUUCGAUUGUCUCCAAUUAGAUCAUUCUCUUUCAGAAUGUAGAGUAUUUUCUCACGAAGCCGUUAAGAAAUUGAACAUAAAAUGCUUUGAAACGAUUAAUCAGCAAAGAGAAAAUAAUACUAGAAGUUUAGAAAUGAUUCUGGAAAAAUUCACAGAACACAAGAAAUCGGCUCAUGAAUUGUUAGAUAAAAAAUAUAGGGAAACCGAAAUGAAAAUAAAGGAAUACUUUGGAAAUAGGGAACAUGAGUUAUGCUCUUUUAUCGAUCGAACAGAUGAUAUAUUUGUUAAGGAGAAAUUGUUCAACAACUAUUUAAAAAAGAUUUCAACGGAAAAUAUUGUUAUUGACGAAACACAAGAGUUGGCCAUAGACCAUUAUAUUCGCGUAAUAGAUAAGGCUAACAAUACUUCUAUUGGACCAUUUAAGAGACAUCUUCUACGUUUAAGGGAUGAUGAAAAUAUUUCCGGUUCUAGAGUAAGUCUAUCAUGCAACGGAACUUAUUACUUUUCUGAUACAGGCUUAUUCCAAAAAGUGCUCAAUUUUCAAACAUUCACCAGCGAAGAAAACUAUUCUAUUCAAAUGAAUUUGGAAGCGUCUGAUGUUUAUGUUACUAGAAGUUAUAUAUUUGCACUUAACGCAAAUAGUAAACUCUUAUACUGUGCUCAGAAAAAUAAUAAUUUUAUUACCCUAGAGGAAUACGCCAACGAUUCAUGUAAGAUACUGUCAAUUAAGCAAAACGUUCACGAUGUUAACGUAUUGGUUAUGAAAUGUUCUAAUGAGCUUUGUCAGUAUGAAAAUAGUGAUUUUCUAUGGUCAAAGCAAAAUUAUAAUGAUCUGGUAGAUGCUACCCAUUUUGAAAAUGGAAACGCUUUAGUUGUAUUAAAAAGUCAUAUGCUAAUAGAACACGAGUUUAGAACUGGUAAUCAAAUCAGAGCUUUUCCUUCUCGCGGUCUGUGUCAAAUUACUUCAAUAAGUAAUCAAGGUAUUUUACUUUUAUUUGAGAAUAAAGAAGAUGGUAGAGAUGACAAAAAGAUCUUAUAUUACGCUGACGAAAAUUUUAGUCAACAUAAAUUACUGGAUGGAGAUAUAGAGAGAAUUCAUUCGACAAGAGAAUCUAAUCAUGUUUAUGUAAAAUUCGCCUCGACUGAUGCAUUAUGUAUAUUCAAAUUGAUAUAAAAUUAUAAUUGGAAAUAUUCAGUUGAAUUAUGCGCAAGUUGUAUAUCUAUUUAUAUUGUUUGUAUUAACUGUAAGGAGGUUGUUAAUUAAAUAAAUAUUACAAGUUAGUUUAAUUAAAGAGAAUGGCCGAUAAAAGAGAUUGUAUUAAUUAUUCCUUCUUUCGUUUAGUUUGAAAAAUAUCGUAUACUUG